GAGCAACCCAUCCCGCACUCAAACAUACACACCCGGCCUUGUGCUCUCCCACCACUUCUUCACUUGGCAAACUAUCCCCCCAAAUCUCAUCAACACUCGCACAAGUAGCCACUAUGGCCAUGGACACGGACACAAUCCCGAACCUUCUGGGUGAUGCGCGGGACGAGGCACCAGAGGAGCUUCAGGAAUACUUCAUCGCCUUCGAGGACUUUUGGGAGCGAAAGUUGUGGCACGAGUUGACGGACAAGCUCAUUGAGUUCUUUGACCACCCCGAGAGCGCGAAACAGCGGAUACCCUUCUUCGAGACGUUCAUCAAGAGCUUCGCAAAUAAGAUCAACCAGCUCAAGCUCGUCACUCUAGGCUUGGACGCAGCAUCACAGUACAAGGAUGACAAGGAGCGUCUCACAUUCGUCAAUGACCUCGCAAAGAGCGUCAACAAGCCCGCCUCACAGGACGCAUACGUCUAUGCCACAGUCGCAGCCGCCAGCAUACAACUCCGGUUACGGGACGAGGAGGGUGCGAAGAAGAAGCUGGAAGAAUGCGAGCAGAUACUGGAUACCUUCGAUUCCGUCGAGACAGUCGUGCAUGCGUCAUUCUACCGUGCGAGCGCCGAGUACUACAAGUCCAAGCACGAGUUUGCGGCAUACUACAAGAAUGCCCUUUUGUUCCUGGCCUGCGUUGAUCUUAACGAGAUGGAGCUGCGAGAACGCCAGUCGCGCGCGUAUGACCUCAGCAUUGCCGCGCUCGUGUCGGAUUCCAUUUACAACUUCGGAGAGCUGUUGCUACAUCCCAUCCUCGACUCGCUCGUCAACACGCCCCACGCAUGGCUGCGCGAUCUCCUCUUUGCCUUCAACCGCGGCGACCUGAUGGCAUACGAUGUGCUCUCUAACAACAUCACAAAGGUCCCGCUUCUCAAGGAGCACCAGACCUUCCUCUAUCAAAAGAUCUCGCUCUCAGCCCUCACAGAGACCGUCUUCCGCCGCCCGCCACACGACCGCGCCAUGACAUUCACUGAGAUCUCGUCAGAGACCAAGGUGCAACCCAACGAGAUUGAACACUUGAUCAUGAAGGCGCUGAGCUUGGGCUUGUUGAAGGGACAAAUUGACCAGGUCGCCGAGAUUGCACGCAUCAACUGGGUGCAGCCCAAGGUUCUGGACAUGAAGCAGAUUGAGGGUAUGCGGACAAGGCUGAAGGAGUGGGAUGCCAGCGUCAACCAGCUGGGUAACUGGAUCGAGGGUGUUGGCAAGGACGUCUGGGCGGCUUGAGUGAUACCUACCCCUCACAAGUGACAUGCUGUGUCUGCAAGGAAGACACUUACAUGUCAUGUAACCAUAGAUAGUGAGCAUCUUGAACACAUAGACGGCUUACGAAUGAAAAGAUUCAUGACCC